ACAUUUAUUUCCCAUCAAUUUGUUCCCCUUUUUAUCUCUUUCUUUCUUCCUUUGCUUGCUUCCCUCCGUUCCUCCUUCUUCAAGGUGGAAUGGCAGAAUACGAGGGAUUUAGCUCCGGGCAUGAUCAUAACAACGAGGGGACAACAACGAGCCAGAAAUAUGGGGGACUAGCACCAAAGAAGAAACCGUUGAUCUCGAAGGACCAUGAGCGGGCUUUCUUCGAUUCAGCGGACUGGGCUUUAUGCAAGCAAGGUGCAGGAGUGAAUCAGAAAUCAACGACAACCAUCGAGACCUUGCAGCCAAAAUUACAGAGAACCCCUCAUCAACGUCUACCCCCUAGACGACCUGCAUGUGUAUCAAGACGAGAUCAUCAUACAGAGUAAAAAGGCGUCCUUAAAACACUGAGGAGAAGGCUAUCCAGUUAUCCAAUAUCGUUCGACUUUUUUUUAUCGUCAAUAGUGUUUUAUGUUCAUAAACAUUCCGUUUGGCCUUUAAUAUUUGAGAAAUGAAAUUCAAGAUGUAUGGUGCGUAUCUUUUACAAACCAACCAUUCUUCACGUCAAAUGAAGAGUUAUAAGUUGAUGAUA